UAAGUACACUUUACUUUGAGCUCUGACUCAUGGCAGAGAUGAACUACAGAGACCGCUACACUUCGUCCUCCUACCGAAAGAUUUUUGGGGAUACCUCCAGGUUCCCCGCUUCUUCUUCCUCCCGUAUGAGUAGCUCCAUCCCUAGGGUCUCCCCAGGGGUCAGGUCCAUGGCAGUAUCCCGAAACAGCACCUCUGCCGUGGGGCUGUACCGACGGCUGGGCCAACCUCCGGGCUCCUUCUCUCUUAUGGCCACAGACUCCCUCGAUUUGACGCAGACUUCGGUGGUCAACAACGAACUGAAAGUCAUCAGAACCAACGAGAAAGAGCAGCUUCAGGGUCUGAAUGAUCGCUUCGCCAUGUUCAUUGAUAAAGUCAGACACCUGGAGCAGCAGAAUAAAGUACUGGAGGCCGAGCUGGUAGCGUUGCGGCAGAGGCAGAGCGAACCAUCGCGGACUGCUCAUCUCUACCAGGAAGAGAUAAGGGACAUGCGCUCCCAGUUGGAGGAACUGAAUAGGGACAAGAACCGCAUCCUGAUUGAGAGGAAUAACAUGGAAGAUGAGCUGCAGAAACUCACUGCAAAAUAUGAGGAGGAGCUGAGCGUGCGUGAAGAGACUGAGCAAACCUUGAGGUCCUUCAGGAAGGAUGUGGACGACGCAGCGGCCGUUCGUCUGGAUCUGGAGCGUCGAGUGGAAUCGCUAAUGGAUGAAAUCUCCUUCCUGAACAAAGUCCACGAUGAGGAAAUCCAGGAGCUGAGCGGCAUGAUGGAGGCGCAGCAGGUCUCCGUGGAAAUGGAACUCGCCAAACCGGACCUCACCUCAGCUCUGAAAGAGAUCCGCAACCAGUACGAGUCCAUUGCUUCCAAAAACCUGCAGUCCGCAGAGGAGUGGUACAAGGGCAAGUUCGCCAGCCUUAGCGAACAAGCCACUAGAAGCAACGAGGCCAUGCGAGCCAGCAGGGAGGAGAUGAACGAGUUCAGGAGGCAGUUGCAGGCCAAGACCUUGGAGAUCGAGACACUGAGGGGUGCCAAUGAGUCUCUAGAGAGGCAGAUCACAGAGAUGGAGGAUGCUCACAAUGGAGAAGUCACAGUAUUUCAGGACACUAUUGGCCAACUGGAUACUGAAUUGAGGAACCUGAAGGGAGAGAUGGCCCAGCACCUGAGAGAAUAUCAGGACCUGCUUAAUGUCAAGAUGGCUCUGGACAUUGAAAUAGCUGCUUACAGGAAGCUGCUGGAAGGCGAGGAAACUCACUUCAACUCCGGGAUGUCAUUCGGAGCAGCUAGUUACAGCUACCAGGCCCGGGCUUCGGCCGGCUCCUCCAGGAGCAACCAGCGAGACAAAGACGGAGCCAAGAAGGAAAGCCUCAAGGAGGAGGAGAAGGACGAAGCGGACAUCAAUUCAAACAACUGAAGUAACAGAUGUAGGCAGGGAAGGAGACUAAUAAGCUAAAGUUCUAGUCAAAUACUUUAAAUCCACUGAAAGAGUGUCCAACAAUCACAUUGUAACAAGGGCGAAGGUUUGCAAAAGGACGGUAGGGACGUAACACUAGCAACUUUUUAACAUGCUCAAAUGGUCCCCACCAGCUUUUAAGCAACAUUAUUUGCAUUAUAUAAUGAGUUUAGUUAUAUACAGUAGGUCAUUUAAAUUUUCUUCCAAUAUGUCGUAAGGAUAGAAUUGACCCUACCAUUAUUAAGUGAUUUUUUUUUUUUUUCGUAUGUUUAGACUUACAUUUACCAAUUAUUACUAGCUCAAAGAGCUGGUCCAUUUAUUUCCCCCUCAAACGCACGUUUGAUUGGCUGAUGUGACUUUACACUUUUGGAACUAAAUACCGAUUAGUGCAUUUAUUUAUUAAUUAAAAUGUAUUUAUUUUCAACAUUAUUUAUUGAAAAAUUUUAUUUGCAGCAGCCUAUGCAGUUUUUUUCAUAUAAUCGUACAUGAAUCAUAAAUGGGGUAAAUAAAGCCGAUUGAAUGAUUUUUUCCCCCCAUAAUUGUUUAAUCCACUGAUGCACUUUAGAGAUGAAAAUAAGGAAGAUUAAAGAGACAACCAAUUAAAGCAAUGUAUUACUCUUGUGGUGAAGGACAAUGUAGGCUAACAUGCAGUGUUGUUAAUCUUACUUUAAAAAAUUAUAGUUACAAAUUACUUCUCCCAAAAAGUAAGUGCGUUACUCAGUUACCUGAAUGAAAGCGUAAUUAGUUACUUGGCAAAGUAACUAGUUAUAAUUUUCAUGUUUUGUUUUUUUUUCCUCAAAAAAAAAAAAAAAAAAAAAAAAAAAAAACUUAGGUCAAACUAUGUGAAGUGUAAAAGGUUUUUGGGACAAUUGGCCCUAACCCAAUUCUUUACCGUAAUUUACCCUUUACACUGAAUCAACCUUUAAAAGUUGUUAAAAUUGCUCCCAUUAUUGCAUUAGUUCCCUUCUGUCUACUUUUGACAUGUGGAAGUUUUAAAACUGUUUCAUCAUUUAAAGAUAGAUUCAAGUCAGGAUUUUGCAGAUUUAGGAGUAUUUUAGAUAAAAAGUUACUUAGGUUCGCUUUUUUAGUAGUUUUUGAAAACAAAGGUUUGAAUCGAACAGUGUAUCACCUGAACCAAUAAACAUGAAAGUAUAAAUCAAUCCAGAUUAAUUAUUGCAUUGAUCAUUCAACCUAUCAAUUAAAAAGGUUUAUAUUCGUGAGAAAUUUAGUCCUUACCCCCGUUCACCCUAUCUGUUCGGUCUUAUUAAUGUUUCAACCCUAGCAAAAAGUGUUCAUGCUAUUAUAUCGUCCCAACCAAUGUUAAGACCAAACCUAUGCCCUUGGAUUGUAGCAACGUGAUGCUUUGGAGUAAUGAAAAUCUAAAUUUUAAACAUUUUAACAAGUCAGAUAAUACGUACAUGACUAAUUUCCAUAGUGCAGAGGCCUAAAAUAUGUGAACAUUUUUGGACUAAAUAUUUCUCAAAUGUAAGCUUGUAUCAAGAUGUUAACCUAAUAUAAGUCAUGGUGUUUUACGUACUAUUGAUAGACCAGUAAUAUGCUAAAAUUGUAUUCACACUAGUGCUUGUUCUUGAUUUCAAAAAGAAAACUAGAUCAUAAGACUACUGCUUUACUAUUGGUGAACAUUACUCUUAAUGUCAAGAAAACUUACGAGGCUGUGAGAAUGAUCAGUACUGGACAUAUUGUAUGCAUACAAUUUAUUUAGAAAGUUCAUUUCAUGUAGCUUUAGGCAAUAACAAUGUCCCCUAAUGCUCACAACGAUACAUUUGCAAUGACUGAUGGUACAAAAAUAAAGUGGACUAAAUAUCAUUUGGUCUGCUUGCAUUGUCCUACUAUUACAGAACAGCUUGCUUAGAUGCAUUAUCAGAAAAAAAGAUUUUCAUAACAGAUGUUUAAGCACUCCAGAGCCUAACAUACAUUGAAACUUCAUCAGUUUAUCAGUGUUUAUAAUUACAUAAACGCUAGAGGACAAACUAGAAUCCUGAAUAUUAAGUUAAAGUUCAUCAAUAUAAAAUAUUUUAUUUAAAGCCAUCAUACAAACAAAAUAUCUCAGAAUUUUCAGACUAAGUACAAAAGUAAAAAUUGAAGAUUAAAAAAGUAAAACCAAGACAAUGUAAAUCCACUGCAUAAUUACACAUGUAUCUUUGGCAGUUGUUCUUAAGUGAUACUUGUAAUUCCCAGCAUUGACUUAUACAAAAAAGGCACAGAAAAUGAAUCAAAUUAUGUACUGUAUUGCAGAGAACAGAAAAAUACACUAGCUGUGUCCCGCAAGCAUAGCAGUACUAUGUCCUGAAAAAUUUCAAAACAAAAAAUCACAUCCCUUGCAUGUUAUUUUGCAGUUCAGUUCCACCUUGCGACAAGUGUGCAAUGCCACGAAUCGAUCCAUUUGUUUCUUUUAAGACAAACAAGACAGCACCAACCCAAAGUGCAGCACCAACAGACCAUCCUGUGGGAACAUGAAUUUGGCUUUUUAAAAAAAAUACACAUUCACAUUCUCAACAGCUAUCGAUUAUUUAAGUAAUCGAUUAAUCUAUCGAUCAAUUCGAAUAAUCAAGUAAUCGGAUUACGUACAUUUAGUACGAUAUCAAAAGAUAACAAAAAACAAUUGGCUAACUUGCUUAGCAAAAAUCCACUAGCUUAAAUGCUAUAAAAUGCUAAAUUUUUCUUUCUUUUGUUUUUUUUUUAACAAAGCUCUUAACAAAUUGUUCAAACACAUAUUACCAUAAAAAACUGCUAAAUAUACUUCUAAUCUAAAUAACGAAUGCAUAAAAAAACAUUAGCUCAAUCAAAAACAUACCUUAUGUUCAGAGCAGCUGGAUUUAGCCAUGUUAGACGAGUUAUGGCAUAUUCACUGUUGCCACUAGAGGGCAGUGUAUCCACCCAAAUCAAUGCAACACUUUUAAAACAAACCACUACAAUCUCACUUAGAAUCUUCAAAGCAGCAAAAUUAAUUUCCGAGCUUUUUUUCUAAUCGAAUUACACGAGUGAAUCGAUUAAACAUUGCAGCACUAAUCCUCACGUUAGGAAGCACUUAAUAUUCUUUAGUGGUCAAGUGCGCAUGCCCUUCAUUGAGAAAUGUGUAUUUAAGUAGUCCUGUUUACCUCCAAGGCCUCAGAUCCCACAGUUCUCUGAACAUCUUUUAGCGACUGAUAUUGAUCCAGGAGCUGAUCUCCACAAACCACAUCAACCUACAAGACAGACAAACAAAAUGCUUCCAUUAGGAAUGUGACAAUAUAUCGAAAAGGUUGAUUAUAUCGCGAUACCUUGAAGCCCAAAAAGUUAUCAAUAUGCUCCCGCCAAGAAUCGAUAUAUCAUUUUAACAAGAUGUCACUGUUUAAAAAAUAAAAGGAACCAACAGGUUGCUACUAAAACUUUCCAUUGGGACGAAGUCUACGUUGGCUAACUGGCUGCGAUUGACAGCGCUCAAUAUCCAAUUCAUUUUUACUGGAUUGGACGUCUAGAGCUGUCAAUGGCUCUAGACGUCUAGACGUCUGGCACUAAAACCACAGCAUUCACAGCAUCUUGUGGGCACUUACACGUCACUUUCCGUUCAUUUUAUGGCAUUUACAGGUCCGGUUGAUAUAGAGUCACUUCCCAUUUAUUUAGGGAUAUUCUUGUGUCACUUCCUUUUCAGUAAACCCAAAUCAACAGGAAGUGACAUGUAAAUGCCCCAUAAUCAACAGGACGUGACCCAUAAAUCCCCAAAAGGAAACGGAAUUGACCGAAAAGCAACAAGAAAUGAAGUGAAAUGCCCCAUUCAUUCAUUCAUUCGAUGCCAUCCCUCCCACCUCAAACGGAUUGGACAUCCACUAGUGAUAAACUCAUUCCAAUUCACAAUAAAAGGAUGAAAAUCGUUUGCUUUUCUGUUUUUUUAAGUUCAGUGUUGUUUUCGUCAACAAUGACGCUAACUGGCUAGGGAAGGGGGUGGCCCUGGGCAGCACCCACGCGGCAUCUCCACUCGUCUGCGGGACUAUCACGUUAGAUGGGAACUCACGCAUGACUAGGUGAAAUUAGACACACUCAAGUAGAAAACCUCAAUUCAGAAUUAGCGAUGAGACCGCAUAGAAUAGGACGCCAACAUACUCACACUCACAAGGGAUUCACACAAAUACUGGGUUCAAGACCACAUGGCUGAUUUAUGUACACUUCACCCCUCCAAAUCACUUAUCUCUCAGAAGCCCCCGCCCCUUUCCUUGGUUAUCAGGCCCCCUACAUGGUCAACCGGAAAUACAACUAGCUAACGAUAGCACCAACAUAUUCAGUUAGUCAGAGUAGGCGUUUAAUGUAGUUCUUGUUUGUGCUUUCUCGGUCUUUAUCUCCCUUUUUUUCUUCUGUUCCCCCAUAACCCCUUCCUGUUCGCUGCUUUUACCUAAUAAACGAGGUAUGUUGAAUCAUCACAGUGGAUGUCUGUCAUACUCCCAUGUUAUACAUUAAAACUGUUCAGAACAAUCAGACACUCAGACCUUCAUUCUCCGUGUCAAGCUUUAACACACCUGAAUCAAAUGAAAAUGAUCGUUAUCAGGGUCCUGCAGGGCUUGGUGAUGAGCUGAUCAUUUGAUUCAGGUGUGUCAAAGGAAGGAAACAUGGAAAACAAGCUGGAUAGUGGCACUCGAGGACCAGGGUUGCUGACCCCUGCUGUACGCAAUGGUCAGUAAACAUGUGACAGUUAAGUAAAUUCUGUGCUGACCUUCUAAGAAUCAAGGUGACUCAGCAGACCGAUUAAGCUUGUUAGUGGGCUUGGCCGACUCACCUGGCAAGUUGGGCUGAGUUCCAUCUUCUUUCUGAUGAACAGCUCCACGUGGCGGACGGUGGCAUCACUUGACAC